AUCUUGAACCCGUCACCCCUGAGCCUCGUCCAACCUGAGCUCCCGCUCUUGCUCUUGUCCUUGCUCGCAAUGCGCUUCGCAGCUCUGGUUAUAGGCCUGUUGGCCACCUUCGUGUCUUCCGUGACCGCCACGGCUCUGACCUACCGACUCGAAGCCAACGAGAAGGCGUGCUUCUACAGCUAUGUUGACUCCACCAACGUCAAGGUUGCCUUCUACUUCGCCGUCCAAUCCGGCGGUUCUUUCGAUGUCGAUUACUCCGUCGUCGGUCCCGGUGACAAGGUCGUCCUAGACGGUAGCAAGGAGAGACAGGGCGAUUUCGUUUUCACGGCUCAGAGUAUCGGAGAGUACCGCUUCUGCUUUGACAAUGACAUGUCGACCUUUGCCGAGAAGAUUGUCGACUUCGAGAUUGCGGUCGAGAACGAGGAACGCGCCCAGCUGCCUUCCCGCCAGGGCGCCAGCCCCGAGCAGGCCUCCGCCCUCGAGGAGUCCAUCUUCAAACUGUCCGCUCAGCUGUCCACCAUCACCCGCAACCAGAAAUACUUCCGCACCCGCGAGAACCGUAACUUCAGCACUGUCCGUAGCACGGAACGUCGCAUCUUCAACUUCAGCGUCAUCGAGGGCCUGAUGAUGGUUUCCAUGGCCGCGCUGCAGGUCUUCGUUGUCCGGUUCUUCUUCCAGGGCGCUCGGAAAGGUUACGUGUGAAUGAGCGAGCGAGCAUCAAAAUUUCUUCUUCCUGUCCUUUCGUGGCGUCUAUAUUGUAUCUACCCGCUGUUGUAGGGAUCUAGAGUUUUUAUCUCCUGAUAAUGGAGCUGGUCAAUUGGAACUACUUGGUACCGUGUGAUG